GACUUGGAAGUCCUUUGCCUACCAAAGCAAGAACAGUGCACGCCGCGCCUUUACAUUCGUUCAAAGCUCUUCGUGUGAUUCCCCAUUUCAUCAGUCAAUGCCGAAUAGCGCUGGGCAUUGAGGGGUCCAUAUGGGGCAUGGCUGCCCCACUAUUCGUUUCAGCGGUGCAGUGUUUCAGUUGGCCGACGGCGCAUCGAGACCCACCCCAACGACGCCUAAGCACCCGAGGAGUCAGUCAUCGCAACCAGUCAUACCUGCAUCUUGUACUCGUACAUAUUCCAACACCACACCAUCGAAUCCCCUCGUUCCCACCGUCAGAUCCAAUUUCUACGACCUCGAGUCCGACGCUCUCCUCUUUCUCUUCGUCUCCUCAUCCAUCGCAAUCCCCUCACUUGUAAUCCUCUGCUUUUCUCCCCGCAUUUUUUUACAGUCAAAACUCGAAUAUACGCGAUGGAUCUCGUCAACCACCUGAACGACCGUCUGCUCUUUGCCGUACCCAAGAAGGGCCGUCUCAAUCAGCAAUGUCUUGACCUUCUUCACGGUAGCGACAUUCAGUUCCACCGUCACUCGCGUCUCGACAUCGCGCUGUGUCUCAACCUUCCGAUCGCCCUCGUUUUUCUCCCGGCCGCCGACAUCCCAACCUUCGUUGGUGAGGGACGGGUGGACCUUGGAAUCACUGGACGCGAUCAGGUGGCUGAGGCCCAGAGCGACGUCGAGGAGCUCCUCGAUCUCCAGUUCGGCCGCUGCAAGCUGCAGAUCCAGGUCCCCGAGAACGGAGAGUACGAUGACCCCAAGCAAUUGAUCGGAAAGCAGAUCUGUACGUCCUUCAUCGGGCUGGCUGGAGAGUACUUUGCGAAUCUGGAGAGGGAAGCCGGGAAGGAGAAGGAGGCUGGAAAGGACCAGGCAGAUCUGCUCGAUGUCGAGGUAAAAGGCGGCGCGCGCAGUGGCAGCACAAUGGGCAGGUUGGCUACGAAGAUCAAGUAUGUCGGUGGUAGUGUCGAGGCUGCUUGCGCGCUUGGUGUUGCGGAUGGAAUCGUGGAUCUCGUUGAAUCAGGCGAGACCAUGAAGGCGGCUGGCCUCAAGCCCAUAGCCACAAUCCUCGAGACCACCGCCAUCCUGAUCAAGUCCAAGCACCCCUCAAACCCGGAGCUCAUCAACACGAUCGAGUCCAGGAUACGCGGAGUCAUCACAGCUAAGAAGUACAUCCUUUGCACCUACAACGUCCCCCGCAACCUGAUUACCGAGGCCACUAUCAUCACCCCCGGAAAGCGUGCGCCUUCGGUCACGACGUUGGACGAGGAGGGCUGGGUCGCUGUCAGCGCUAUGGUCGAGAAGAAGAACAUCGCCACCGUGAUGGAUAAGCUGGAGGCGCUGGGUGCGACGGAUAUUCUGGUCAUGCCCAUCUCAAACUCGCGUACCACACGCGAUUAGAAGGCUGAGGGCUGAGUUUUCAUCGAGAUAGACAAAAGUGACUGCUGCAAAUAUAAGCACCGGGUUGAUGUAUAUUUAUAGCGAAG